AUGACCAAGGGUCAUUGGGAUGGGGGAGGGGAGGAAAGGAGACGAGGUGGAAGGAGAGGGGGAGGGAGGGGGAAUUGGGGGAGGAGGAGAAGAAGAAAGGGCAAGGUGAGGAGGGGAAAGAGGGAGGAAGAGGAAAAAGAAAAUAGGGGGGGAGAGAGGGUGGCACUAGCACCUGUGUUGGAGGAGAUGCUAGAGGAGCUGUUGACCAGUGGAGUAUCAAGGGUUGAACUAGCGUCAACUGCUUUGAUGAUGCUUUCAAAUGGGUGGAAGUUUGAUGUGGUUAUGACAAAUGUUCACUCCCCAGAAUUGCUUACAAUGAAGCUACUUGAUGAAGCAGCUAAGAUGAACAUACUUGUGAUAUUGAUGUCUGACUUUGAAGAUCCUUUCAUAGCAAGAAGGGCCUUAGAACGUGGAGCAUUUCUUUAUGCUAAGAAGCCAGCAAGUUUAGAGUUGGUUAAGUGCCUAUGGCAAUAUGUAGUUCGAGAGAGGAAACAAAAGGGCAAGGAGAAAGAAAAUGUACAAAAGAAGAAUGAAAGUGACAGAAAGAAUAUUAGUGAAUUAUUGGAUGAGACACCUGAGAAAAAUAGUGCACCAGAAAAUGGCAUGCAAGAGAAAGGCAAAGGAAAGGCUGAAGUGAUCAUAAAUGGUCAAGAAGUUAUGAAUGGUGAAUUAGGUGAUUUACCAAAUUUUACUGACAGUUUGGGUAAGAGAGUAUGGACUUCAGAACUUCAUGCAAAAUUUGUGGAUGCAAUCAAUCAGCUAGGUGAAGGAAGAUGCUUCCCUUCAGACAUUCUGGCUCUUAUGAAUGUUCCUGGCCUUACAAGGAUGCAAGUUGCUAGUCAUCUACAGAAAUGUCGCCGUAACUCAUGGCGUGAUCCAUGUGAUCGUAAGCGUCAUUCAUCUGCUUCUGAGCAUACUUCACAUGAUGAUGAAACUCAAGAAAAAAUUCCCCCGAAAAGAAGAUUCGGUUCAAUGCCUUGUGGAGAAAAUAGGUCCAAAAGAACUCCUGAACCUGCACAAGCCUUUGAAGGUGUCCAAUCAUUGAAAUUGAAGAACCCUAGAAUUGAAUGA